AUGAGGCUGAAACUCUUGGUGGAUAGGGGCCGGGACCUGGCCGCGGCUUUCCAGCGCCAUGUGGCUGCCCUUUCAUCGUCUGGAAUCGCGGCCCUGGGGGUCGUGGAUCAGAUGAAGGACACUGGUGCCAUCCAGCUCCCCGCCUCUCCGGGCCGUAAUUUCUGGGAGGUGCUGGAGUUCAGGCCCGACGGCACGGUGCUGGAGACGUGGAAGACGCCCGAUGUGCUGGGGCUGCACCCGCGCGACGUGUCGGUCUUUGCCACCGACAGCACGCUGACUCAGCGCGCGAUGCUGGCGGUGCGCAACCAGGCUGUGCUGCUGAAGACGGAGACCUGUCGCGCGGUGCUGUACGCCGACCGCGCCGUGCUCUUCCCCGCGCACAAGACGCGGGCCACGCUGAGGAUCGCACAGCAGGUCAAGAGCGCCGUCGGCCAGCGCUCUGUGCUGGAGGCGCUGAUGGCGGAGAGCGUGCGCGGGCUGGAGGGCAAGGGGCGGCGGCUGAGCGUGGUGGCCGAAACUGUGCUGAACGACAUCAACAGCAACUUCAGUAACUCCUCGGGCGAGCUGCAGCGCCUGCUGCCCAUCCAGCGCAAGCUGACUGAGGUGCAGCAGGACGUGAAGGACCUGCUGGAGGCCCUGACCUGCAUUGUGGAGGACGACCCGGGGUUCAAGGAGCUGAGGGGGGCGGAGGGCGGGUACAGCAGGAAGGGGGACGGCGCUGGGCAGCGCAGCCCCGCCAUGCGUAUGGCGGCCGCCAUCCUGGAGUCCUACGAGUUCAAACUCACUGCCGUGCACGGCUACCUUUCGGAGCUGGAGGCCAGCAUGGAGCAGACCAAGACGGUGUGGCACAUGCAGCUGGAUCACCAGCGGAACCGGGUGCUGCGGGUGAACCUGCUGAUGAGCAUCGCAUCCUUUGCGGCCAUGUCCAUGACGGUGCCGGCGGCCUUCUUCGGGAUGAACCUGGACAACCGAUUGGAGGCUGCACCGGGCAUGUUCAUGUUUGUGGUGAACUGCUCCAUGGGCACCGGGCUGCUCAUGGGCGGGAUGGUGUACGUGUACUACAAGUUCGGUCCCAAGCGGCGCUACAAGGCCCGGCUCAGGGACAUGCGCUCGCUCAGGGAUCUCCUGGUGUUCCACAUGGACGACAUGGACGAUGUGAUCCAGGAGAUCAAACAACGCGGUCAAGUGACCAAGACCGAAUUUGCUCAGAUCGUCAGAGAGCUCCUGGAGCUGUCGGAGCUGCUGAGGAUGGAGGAGCACAUGGACGACUUCUCAAGGACCCAUCUGCAGUGA